GAGUCUCCCGCACGUCGUCAUCGCUGAGUCAGUUCAUUCCUUCACGCAUUCCACAACCCCUGCCCCUUCCUUCCUUAAUGAAUCCUCAUCGAUCCAUCGGAUUCGGUUGUUGAGUACAAAUGCAAGCAAAGCAAAGAAACAUCCACAGGAGCCACGCAUUCUCCUCUCCGGCACAUUUAAUUUCUUCUUCAUCUUGAUCCCAAAUUCAUCUGUGCUUCAACUUCCGAUCGAUCGCCAACCAAGAUCAUGGCAUCUUCCUCCUCCUCCUCUCUCAGGCAGAGGCCGGUCUCUGCUCAGCAACCGCAGCUCCAAGAAGAGCAGCAGCAGCCCUCCCCAAAGCAAGAACAACAACAAGGAGCUGCAGCAUCGGCUUCGCCGCCGCCGCCGCCGUCAACGUUAUCCCAGGCGCUCACCUCGACGGCGAAUCUGGCCAACCUUCUGCCCACGGGCACGCUCCUCGCCUUCAACCUCCUCGCGCCCACCUUCACCAACCACGGUGCUUGCGACGGCACUACCGCGCUCCUCACCCGGGGCCUCCUCGCCGUCCUCGCCCUCUCCUGCGUCCUCGCCUCCUUCACAGACUCCAUGAAAGGCCCCGACGGCCGCGUCUACUACGGCGUCGCCACGCCCAGGGGCCUCUGGCUCCUCGACUACCCGCCCGGCGCGCCGACGCCCGGGGACACGUCCAGGUACAGGCUCGCGCUCGUCGACUUCGUGCACGCCGCGCUCUCCGUCGCCGUCUUCGGGGUCGUGGCGGCCAGGGACAAGAACGUCGUGCGCUGCUUCUGCCCGGCGCCCGCCAGGGAGACGGAGGAGGUGCUCGACAUCCUGCCGCUCGGCGUCGGCGUGCUCUGCAGUCUGCUCUUCGUCGCAUUCCCCAUGUAGAAGAGGAUUGGAUCC